AUGCAGAAAUCCCUGGAGCUGACCCUGCUGUUUAUUCUGCUCCACCAGAAAACAGAGACUCACACCACUGGGUAUUCAGCUCAAGACAUGUUGGAGGCGUGGCAGAGAUACCAAGAGGCCUGCAUUCGCAAGAUGGUGGAAGACCCCCAUCCAACAGGCCUGGUGUGCAACCGUACGUUUGACAUGUACGCCUGUUGGGACGAUGCCCUCCCGAACACAUCUGCCCAAGUUCCUUGUCCCUGGUACCUCCCUUGGCACCAGCAAGCAUCAUCUGAUUCUGCUCUUUCUCUUCCUGCUGGCUUCGUGUUCCAGAAAUGCGGUGCAGAUGGGCAGUGGGUGAUAGACGCAUCAGGGCUGCCAUGGCGCGAUCAUUCCCAGUGCAUGGGCCUCAACAACGAUCUCCCUUUCCAGGAACAUUUGUGGAUUCUGGAACAAUUCCGACUAAUGUAUACAGUGGGCUACUCUGUCUCGCUAAUGGCUCUCCUUGUGGCUUUGGUGAUCUUGGCAGCAUUCAGGAAACUUCGAUGCAUACGCAAUUACAUCCACAUGAAUCUGUUCCUGUCCUACGUGCUGCGGGCAGCCUCCAUCCUUGUCCGGGACACCCUCCUCUGGCUUCAUUUCCCCAAGGAGCCCCAGGUGGAUCUCUUGCGUCUUCCAAGGGAACAGGCUGUAGCUGGCUGUCGCCUGGCCCAGAUCCUAACCCAGUAUUGCGUCUGUGCCAACUACUUUUGGCUACUAGUAGAAGGGCUUUACCUCCACAAUCUGCUGGGACCAAUGGCCUUCUCGGAAGAAAGUUAUUUCCCGGUUUAUCUACUCCUUGGAUGGGGGACACCCGUCCUUUUUGUCAUCCCUUGGGGGAUCCUGAGAUACCUGUAUGAAAAUAAUGAGUGCUGGGAGAGAAAUGACAACAUGGGUUACUGGUGGAUCAUCCGUUGCCCAAUCUUGGUGUCAAUCUUUGUCAACUUUGUGAUUUUCAUCCGGGUUAUUAAGAUCCUGGUCUCCAAGCUCCAGGCGCAGCAAAUGCGUUACACGGAUUACAAAUGUAGGUUGGCCAAAUCUACUCUAACCCUCAUCCCUCUGCUGGGCACUCACGAGGUGGCUUUUGCCCUGGUUACGGAGGAGCAGGCUCAGGGCACUUUGCGCUACGUCAAAUUCUUCUUCGAGCUCUUCCUCAACUCCUUCCAGGGCGUGUUGGUGAGCACCCUUUACUGCUUUGUCAAUAAAGAGGUCCAGUCCGAGAUCCAGAGGAAGUGGCAGGCGUGCCAGCUGGACAUCGGGCUGCUUGAGAAACCAGGAUGCAGCUUCGGCCUCUGGGGUUCUUGGCGCCGCCAAAGACGCCAGACCAAGAAGCCCGCCUGCGCUCCGAUUUACAGCCAAGCUGGGCAAAAAGCUUCUCCAGGGGGCUUGGAGAACGCGGCAGGGGCUCCGUUCAAGCACACACAUGUGAACUGCCAAUCUCACUGGUACAUCCCCAUCCAGAUGAAAGCGGAGAAUUAG